AUGCGGGUUAUUGGCCUUACAGGUUCAAUCGCGACUGGCAAGUCGACGUGCGCGACCACGCUCUCUUCCCCGCCUUAUGCGCUCCCCCUAAUCGAUGCCGACCUUCUCGCACGGAAAGCGGUCGAACCAGGGACCUGGGGUUAUAAUCGCAUAGUGUCCACCUUUGGGCCCUCGACACCAGACCUACUGCUCCCUGCGUCUGAUCCUCAAUGUGGGGAAAGGGAAGACGGCCCCAAUGGCAAGGGAAGACCACUGAAUAGACCGGCGCUGGGGAGAAGAGUCUUUGGCAACAGUGAAGAACGAGUAAGGGAUAGGAAAAAGCUCAAUGGGAUUGUCCACCCGGCUGUGAGAUUCUACAUGGUACGCUCAGUGCUGUAUUAUUACCUGCUGGGACACUGGGCAGUAUUACUCGAUAUCCCUUUGAUGUUCGAAUCUGGGCUCGAUAUCUUCUGCAGCACAAUUCUAGUUGUUGCUGUCUCCGAACCCAAGAUUCAGAUGGAGCGCCUUCGGGCGCGAGACCCACAUCUUUCCGCCGAGGAUGCGGAGAACAGAGUCAAGAGCCAGGUUGACGUCCGAGAGAAAGCGGCAAGGAAUGAAGCUCGGAACAAUGGCAAGGCAGAUGCAGGGAAAGGUUAUGUUCUCUACAAUGAUGGUAACAAAGAGGACUUGAAAGUUCAGCUGGCAAAUGUGAUGCAGAAAAUCAAAUCGAAAAGCCCGAGAUGGUGGAGCUUGCUGCUUUGGCUUUGUCCGCCCUUCAUGGUUACAACAGCCGCCUGGGAGGUCUUUCGAAAUUGGUGCGUGCGUCGGAAAACAGUCAGGGAAAGAGGUGAGGAAUUGGCUAAACCAAAGUUAUAA